AUAUUCUCCUCCCUGUUCUCCAAUUUGCGCCCAGGCCCUCACUUUUAGUUCGGAGGGAUUUUUGCACAUUCCACCACCAUGUUGAGAGCAAAGUCCAUGAUCAAGUCCAAAACGCACAGCCUCGAGAGGUCUCCAUCAGCGGAAAAACCUCCCUCCCCUCCUCCUCCUCCUCCUCCUCCUCCUCCGAGGAAGCCACCUCUGGUCGAGUUCCCGACGUCUCCUCAGCUGAUUCUCGGGGAGGAGAUAAUCCACUCCGGCCACCCGCAGCACCUCCUGUCCAAGAUCGACCUGCCCGACCUCUUCACGUGCGCGGGGUGCCGGGAGUACGGUGCGGGCAAGCGGUACACGUGCCAGCUGUGCGACUUCCAACUGCACGACUUCUGUGCCCUGGCCUCCCCUUAUCAGGUCCGCGAGAGCCAUCCGUUCCACUACCAGCACCAGCUCUUUUUCCACUCCAAGCCAGCAGUGAAAAGUGGAAUAGCAAAAUCGGGGUGCCAUGCUUGUGGGAAACCCAUCAAGGGCUACGCUUUCCGUUGCGGAACUUGUAGUUUCCAGAUGCACCCGUGCUGCGAGAAGCUACCGGAGGACCUCGUCUUCUUGAACCAUCCUCACACACUGCAGCUUCUGCCAUCGACGGCCUCGUCAAGCGCGGACCCUGGUUUCAUCUGUGGGGAAUGCAGGAGGAGGAGGUCGGGCCGAGUGUACCGAUGCACGGCCUGCGACUACCAUCUCCAUGUGGUUUGCGCUAAGAGCAUCGUCAACGGGCUCCACGAUCAUGGCAUCAAAGGAAUCGAGAAGCCGAGCAUGUUUGGGGCUGCAGCUCGGCUGGCCUCGCGAGUGGUCUUGGACUUUAUCGGAGGGCUAAUUCAGAGCCUCGGGGAAGGGGUUGGGGAAGCUUUGGUUCAGAAUGUCGCCAAAGGGAGGUGCAACAGCAGUAGAAGAAGAGAAGAAUAAGAACUGCAAAGAUAAGCCCCGACCCAUGUGCCGGACCAGUCUCUCUAGUUGGCCAAGUCUGCAAAAGAGCCUCCCAGGUUUUUUUAAGAAUGGAUUGUCACCAUUUCAAAAUUUGCCUGCUCAAAGAGGCAGGAGUUUCUAAGAUGACAAAAGUGAAUCUUGGAUCGUUUUACGAUUAAUGAAUCACACCGUGCGUCCUUUUACAUAUGGAUUUUGUUAAUGGAAGGAUUGUAACUUUUAGCACACUAACUCAAUGCAUUCGAAUCAAAACAUUUCAUUUAUUAAAUAUACUUGACAAGUGUCCCAAAAGCACACGUUCGCCAGACCCCUUGCACAUUUACGUGAAUGUCCAGCUGACAGAUGACAAAUGACUAUUCUUCGAGCGAUUGUGUGCGCCCUAUAUACGCGACCAGUAAUAGCGAAACAGCUGAAGGCUCACAUACCAGUGUUGUUACUGUUGCCUUCAGCUGAAACUUUACAUUGCACAGAGGGAAAGAGAGGCACCAGAAUUAUUA